AAAACUCAGAGGAAACUUGCACAGAUGCUGCUUUGGAGAACUCUUUCAGCCCAGGUUGCAGAGCUGAGCCUUGGUAAACCUGUCUCUAUUACAGCACGUUGCCAUACAUCGAAGUGCGUAAGCAAAAGUCUUGUGGAAAAGGCUUGUUCAACCUGAGCUGUGGCCACCUCAACCUUGCCGAGAAGGAGUACUUUGGACUGGAGUUUCAAGGCCAGGCUGGGAAUAAUGUGUGGUUGGAGCUGCUCAAACCCGUAACAAAGCAAGUGAAAAAUCCUAAGGAGAUUCUUUUCAAAUUUAUGGUGAAAUUUUUCCCAGUGGACCCCGGCCACCUGCGAGAAGAGCUGACAAGAUACCUGUUCACCCUCCAGCUCAAGAAGGACCUGGCCGUGGGGCGGCUCCCCUGCAGCGAGAACAGCGCAGCCUUGCUGGUGUCGCACCUUCUGCAGUCGGAGCUGGGCGAUUUCCACGAGGUGGCGGACCAGCAGCACCUGGAGACACACAAGUACUUGCCCAACCAGGACAGUCUGGAGAACAAGAUCAUGCACUAUCACCGGAAACACGUGGGGAAGACGCCGGCCGAGUCCGACAUCCAGCUGCUGGACAUAGCCCGGAAGCUGGACUCCUACGGGAUCCGCCCUCACCCGGCCAGUGAUGGGGAAGGGACGCAGAUCAACCUGGCUGUCACGCACAUGGGGGUCCUGGUGCUGCGGGGCAACACCAAGAUCAACACCUUCAACUGGGCCAAAAUCCGGAAGCUGAGCUUCAAGCGGAAGCAUUUCCUCAUCAAGCUGCAUGCCAACGUCUCCGCACUGUGCAAGGACACGCUGGAGUUCAGCAUGGCCAGCCGGGACGCCUGCAAGGCCUUCUGGAAGACGUGCGUCGAGUACCAUGCCUUCUUCCGGCUCUCCGAGGAGCCCAAGUCCAAGCCCAAGGCGCUGCUGUGCAGCAAGGGCUCCAGCUUCCGCUACAGCGGCAGAACCCAGCGGCAGCUGCUGGAGAACGGGAGCAAAGGGAAACUACGGAGCCUGCCCUUUGAGAGGAAGCACUGCGCCGCCCGCUACAGCGAGAGGCAGUGCCGCUCCUCGCCGGACCUCCUCACCGACGUCUCCAAGCAGGCGGAGGACCUGCGCCUGGCCUAUGGCAGCAGCCGGGGCUGCUACCGGGCGGCCAACGGGGCACACGCCUCGGCGCCCACGCUGGACAGCCGGCGCCGCAACUCGGCGGUGGAGGUGACCUUCGCGGCCGAGCUGGAGCGCUCCCAGCCCGAGGCCGACCCUGCGCGGCUGCCCCACUCCUGCAGCAGCACGGCCUUCCCCUGGGUCUACGCCGAGCUGGAGCGCGAGCGCGACUGGGAGCUUGCCGAGGCCUUGGGCCCGAGGGGCCCCCUCACCUCCUUCCAGCCCAGCCACGGCAAGAGCACGUCCGUGGGCAACAUGCGUGAGGCAGCCGCCCGCCCGCUAACCUACACCGACGUGCCCUAUGCGGCCCCGGAGCCCGUGGCCCCGCAGGUCUUCUUCUACGUGGACAGGCCUCCAGCGCUGCCGCGACACAGCCCCAUGCCGGCUGCCACCGAAGAGGCCACGAAGACGUCCGCAAGGCCGUCCAAGCGAAGCCCGAGCCUGGCCAGGAUGUGGGAGCCUAUGCUGGACCCGCUGGCCCAACCAAGUGGCAGCAGCAUUAGCCCCGAGGAGGAGGAGGAGCGUGGUGCCCUGGGCGGCACCGACUACGGCAUCCAGGAGCAGUCGCCCAAGCGGUCGUGGAGCCAGUCGGACAUGAAAACCCUCCGCUUCCCCUACGGCUCAGAGUUUCGGCCGCUAGGCCCCUGCCCCGCGCUCACCAGCCGCAAGGCCACGGUGCCGCGGUACGUGCUGGCCCCGCCACCCCCGGCAGAGCAGUACGUGGGCAGCGGCACCGAGUCCAGCGACUCCGACCCGGACCUGCUGGCCACCGACUACGGGGUGCUGUACGGGCGGGUGACGCGAUCGCCCCUGGCCCGCGUGCGACUGUCCUCUGGCAGCCUCCAGCUGGAUGAGGAGGACGAGGAAGUGGCCGCGGCCACGGGCGGUGCCGAGAGCAGGACGGCACCUGGCACAUCCAGUUAUUACACCUAAGGGGCAGGUGGAGCACAGGGCAGGGGCUGGUGGGUUGUUGGUGUUGUGCAAGUGCAAGUAGCUGUAGAGGAUGUGGUACCGAGGGCCACGCAGAGCACCCACUCCUCGUGUCUCCCCCUCGUGCCCCGGUCACGGACUAGCUGCAGGGAGCCUGCAUGGUGGAGCUCCCCAUGCCCGUCCCAGUGCUGGUCAUGGUGGAAAGCAUCGAGAGGCGCAGGUGUGAUAGUUUCCUUCGGCUCCAGGAGCUGAGAGAUGAUGGCACUGACGAGAGCGGCAGAAGCUUGCGUUCAGAGGGGGACGCGUCGAGAAAGAGCUCGUCCCCAAGAAAGGCAGAGGUGCGUGGGGCUGCACAAGUGUCUGGGUUAAAGCCCUAGUACUACCCUGCAUCCCCCGCAAACCUGCCCGCUGCCUGGUCCUCGAGCAAUUCCCACCUUGGCAUCGCUCUGCUGGCUCCAGUUCCAAGAGGAGCUGAAUCCCAGCUCCGUCGGCCCCAGCCCUCUGCCUUCCACCAAACGGGAGCCUCCUGGCCUUGCUGGAAGGAAGAGAACAGCAGCACCCCCAUCCCACCCCACCUUCAGUCCUGUACCCUACCUCCUGCUCCUCAGCACUGCACCCUCGGCAAGGCAUUAUCCAGACCCCUUUGCUUCUAGGGUAGCAGCCACCGCCACGAGCCACAUGCACUCGGGCUUGGUCUCAGCUUCCUGGUGGCCCCGGGGCUGUGCGGAGCAGCAGGAAGGGCUCUGCUUCUGCCCCUUGCCAGGAGGGUGGGGAGAUGCAGGGUCAAGUCCCCUCUGAAGGAAGAGGGCCUGGAAGGGAGCCGAGGGCCCAAGCACAGCGGGGGGCGGACGGGGGCAUUCCCAGCAUCAUAAGCAGGCAGGGGCAGCUGCACAUAAACCCAAGGCCAUGGAUUUGCAUUGCCUCGCACCCUCCGGGUGUUUAUGUGAGGGCACAGGGGGGAGUAAACACCCACUGCGGACCAUGUCCCAUAGGUGCAUUUUGGAGACUGCUGCUUGCACGUCCCGUGGUCAAGGCACUUCAGGUGAGGACUUGCUGCCCAGCUCCGGCUACAGCAGACAACAAGGCUGGCGUCUCAGACCCUAGUGCACAAGCAGUGCUACCCUCCAAAAUGCCUUGAAAGAAAAGAGGCUCUUUGCUCCAUAGUCAUGCGACUUACGGGAGUAGGAAAGGUGGCUGUACCCAGCUGCACGCCCAUGCUUCCUUCCCUGUUUUCCUGGAUCAGACGGGAUGCACUGCCACAGGUUGAGAGAGGAGGAAGCAGCAUGUAUGCAAACAGCUGUGCAGAGCAGGUUGCUGUUUAGUUGACAUAAAAACACAAGUUCUCAAGCGUCUGAGCAGCGCCAACACUGGGCAGGCACAGGUGGAGGGACGAGGGAACACGCACAAAGGAAAGAGCUCUUAAGUCAUUGUACAAAUAUUGUCCCCAAAACCAAGUGACACCUUUUGGAGGGAGGGGGGAAGGGGCUGCAGAACCAAACCGAGAGGGGCCUCAAGCUGCUGGAUUCUGUACACACUGUGUGUGCACACACACACACACACACACGCCUGUUGGACUGGGCUGUAACAGUAAGCAUCUGGGACCACUUCGGUUUAGGGAAGGAGAGCCAGGCCACCCUCCUAGGGGUUGCUGGGAGCGCCCUCAAUUCAGAGAGGGACAACCUGGCUAACUGGGUAGCACCUUCCCUGGGUAUUUGUGGCGCUCUGUUCUUUGUGCUACUGCUCGAGAAGCUGGACAAUAAAUGCAUCACAGAAAGG